UUGUCACAAGAGUGGAAAAACAACGCGUAGAGCGUAGCGGCGUGACGUCACAUUGUGCGAGCGAGCGAGUGACGACGAGCGCCUGCAGCGGCAGGAGGAGGCGUGGAAGAGCGGAGGGGGAGGAGCCAGCCCACGUGGUCGCGGAAACACACACCGAGCAGGCGCGCGCGCGCGCGCGCACUCACACAUGCGCGCACACGCCAAGCCAGCAGCGCCCGACUUUUUAUGAAUGAACAAUAGCUGCACGCGCAUCUCUUUACGGGGGCCAUUCGGCGUGUUUGAAGGGUCUUUUUAGAGGUCUUCUCGGAAUCCCAGGAAGUGGAGCCAUGUUCCGGAGAAGCAAGAGUCAAGUGUUGGUGGAUUACGCGUCGGAGGAAGACGACACGUCUUGCCGCUACGAGGACAAAGGCAUAGAAGGAGAAGAAAAAGAGGAGGAGGAAGCCAUCACAGUCGUAUCCAAGGAGGCCAAGGUGAAGAAGAUGAUGUCCAAGAAGGAGAGGAAGGACAAGAAGAUGUUCUCCUCAAAAGACGAUGAACACUUUUUGUUGACGAGAGAGACGCCAGCGCAGCGCCGAGGGAAUGACAAAAAAGUGAAAUGCGAGAAGCCUGACAAAGCUCUUUGCUUCUGGGAAAGCGUCACCAUGACGAUGAGGCAGAUCUCGCCCGCCAAAAAAACGGACAAAGCCGAAGGCCGGGAGACGCCUCGACCCCGGAGAGACGACGGCGCCCCGAAGGAGGACGACGGCGAGCCAAACGGACGCUCGUCCUCGCCGCCUCUCGUCGACCCUUCGGGUUUCUCGCCGGACGCCGAGGACUCGUCCCGCUACGCUGACCUGUCGCGCCCCGAUGACCCCGCCUGCGCCGUCACGUGGACAUCCCGCGCCAAAGUCAAGCUGGCCGGACUCGGCAGGAUGAGCCGAGGGAUCGUGUCGGACGGCGCCUGGGAAGGACUCAAGUAGUCCGCAUUCCAUCACUUCAGCGCCCCCUUUCUCCAAUGACGUGUACUACUGCCAAGACCGCCGGAACCCCUUACACAGCGCCAGUAAAAAAAAACUGCGUUUUUCCCAUCUGGUUUCCUGUAUGAACAGCACCCGCAAGAAAUCUUUGUACCCAAUAUCUCACUCAUUCACCUUUUUUCAUCUUUAGGUUUUUUCAUGGCAGUUAUAAUGAUGAAUUCAAUUAUUCAUGGAUUUUGGCUGUUCGCGGUCGGGUCCGGUCCCUACUCCCGCAAAAUGCGGUGUCCACUGUACGUGUUUGAAGAUAAUUGCUGAAAUUGUGCAAAGAGCGACAACUCUGAAGUACUCAAUUGAGGAGAUACAGCGUUAAAACUGUUUCUCACCAUUUCCGUUUUCCUGAUUUUUGGGGUGUGGCCAAAACAGGGCCCGGUGACGCUUUUGGGCGACCGACACGAGUUGGCCCUCGCCCACUUUUUAGAACAACUUCUCAACGCCUCGGUUCGCAUCAGCGGUUAUCCGGCCCAAUCGCAACGUGCUCGUUAUGCCUACACCCCGAACAUGCAGCUUCUCUUCUGCUGGCGUGGCCGCUUUAGAGCGCCUCGUUGUUGGCUGUGAGUGUGCGCAAAGUUACGUGGUCGUCAGAAAAUUCACGUCCAGUUAUUCGUAUGUCAAGGCACCACGGUACUACGCAAACACGAGCGGGGUGUUUAGUUCCUGCGGAAAAUCCUUGGCGUUUAUUUGCAGUAAGUCAUUUAAAUUUGAGAGGCCUUUAAUCUCACACCGCCAUCAUUAAGCGCAGCAACACGCAUUAAAGCCGCGCUUGCUGCACAGCCGGAAGACAAUGCCGAUUUGUUUUUGUUUUAUGUCUUCUGUUUAUGGCAUCUGGAACAGCAGCGUGUGUAUGGACAAAUAUGUACUGUACGCAUGUAUACAUGCGAUGAUCUCAUGCUGAAUAUUUAUGAUUGUACCACUGGAAACAUCAACAAACAAACUAUCGUGUCAAGUGCCUUGAAGCCACAGCAUAACGUUUCAUUUGAAUGGAUUUAUAGAGUGCUGUUUUGUUUUUGGUUUUUUUCCCGUGUGUUGUCUGCUCUCACAAGAAUUUUGUAGGAUUUCAUACAAAAUGGAAUGCCACAAUUAGUAGAAAAAAAAGCAUUUUUUUUUUAAUGUUAUGCUUUUGUUUAUGCUUUGCUCUCACGCAAAGACAAAAUAAAGAGUUAAGACAAAGUA